AUCAAGUACAACUAGCCUCCAAACUAAAAAAGUAAAACAGAAAGUGAAAACAGAGAGAGAAAGAGAGAAAACAGAGACAGAGUGUGUGUGUUUUCUGGUUGACAUUGAAUCUAAUCAACCAAAUUGAAUCUAAACAACCUGCGAUAGAGGCUUAAAAAUGGCUGAUUGGUCCAAAUUGACUACUGACGUACUUUGUGAAAUUGCAUUGAAACUAGAUGCCGUAGAAGAUUUGGUUGAUUUUUCUGCUGUAUGUAGUUCAUGGUAUUGUGUUUAUACUAUGAUUAAAAAGAAGUGGACCGCGAAAAUGCCAUGGCUGAUGCUGGCGGAAAACACAGAAGAAGAAGACAACCCUAAUUAUAUUAGGAAAACAUUUUGUCAUAUGAGGGAACGCUGUUAUUCGUUAAGCCUCCCUCAAAGUUUUGGGGCAAGAUGUUGGGGUUCAUCCUCUGGUUGGAUUGUGACAUUUGAUUUUAAACUAGAGUUGCAUAUGUUGAACCCAUUUUCCGGGGUUCGAAUUCGCCUUCCCGAUCCCCCUCCACAACGAGAUCCUUUUAUUCAUAGUAAUGACGAGGACAGAAAAAUAAUUUUAGAGAUCAAAAGACUAGAACAAGUGGAGAAGGUUGUUGUUUUAGGAGGCGAUGAGUAUGACGAUGAUUGUGUUGUUGUUGUUAUAUAUGAUUUUAAAAUGUGUCGUGUAGCUUAUACAAGGCCGAAGUACGAUCAAUCUUGGACAUUUGUUAGAACGCCAAAGACUUGUCGGGCUUAUGAUGUUGUGCGUCGUGGUUCACAGAUUUUGAUCGUAUAUGGUAAUGGUGGCUUGGGGUGUUUUGACAUUAGUGCAGAUGAAGGCGGACAACCUGUAAGGGCUCGGGAAUAUGUACCUGCACCACCUCCAGAGUUUUUGGGUUCGCUACCUGGCUUGUUGCAUGGAAUAUAUUUGGUGAUAUUCUUAUGUUUCUUCGGUACAAGGAAUUAGAUGAUGGUCAAGAUGAUUAUAUUUCUAUUUUUGAUGGAUAUGUUAGAUAUCAAACAGUUUAUAUUGAGGUACACAAACUUAAUUUUGACACCAAAAUAUGGGAGGAAAUUACAGACAUAGGCGAUGUUGCAUUAUUUGUGGGCAAUAAUUGUUCUAUGGCUGUUCGUGCAUCUGCAACUCCUAAUUGUAGACGCAACUGUAUUUAUUUUAAUGAUGAUACGUCGAAAUGCUGGGCUGCAGCAAAGGAUGAUGGAUCAUUACUUGUUGGAGGCCACGAUAUGGGAAUUUAUCGUAUUGAGGAUGAAGAGAUUGAGCGCUUUUAUCAAGGAGGGGAUAUACAUUCCUUAUUUUGCCCUCCUGUUUGGUUCAUGCCUAAGUUUUAGACUAUUAAUAAAACAAUUGUCGAUUAAGAAUAAAUAACUUAUUUUACGGAGUAUAUAUUUUUUAAAUUCAUAACGUACUAUUUCGGGA